CUUCUGCGUGAAAAAAGUAACUGUUGAUGUUUUGAGUGUGCGGGUCUUUGACGCGUGACCGCUGGUUGUGGUUUUGUCUCACGUGACUUCAGUAUAUAAUGCAGCGUUUUGACAGCAGAUUGCUUGCUGUGUGCAGUUUGUGAUGACUGACAGCGGUUCUUGUGUGCUGCUGGAUGUGACUCUCUGCUCGCCAGUAGGAGAAAUCCUGCUGAGCGGCUGUGAGAAGGGAGUUCACACCAUUAAUAUCAAACUGGGAACAGACAAAGAGGAAAGUGUAUCCUGUUGUAGUAUACGGCCUGUUGGCCAGUCAGAAAUGAGUCCUGAGUUGCAGCGCUGUGUGGACUGGCUUCAGUGCUACUUCAUGAAACCCGAGUCCAUCGGCACUCUUCCUUCACCUGCCUUACACCAUCCGUUAAUGCAGAGUGACUCUUUUAAAGCACAUGUGCUGUGGACUCUGUUUAAGGAAGUUGGACUUGGUAAAACGGUCUCCUACAAGCAGCAUGCUGAAAUGAUCGGCAAUCCAAAAGCUGUGAGAGCAGUGGGUUCAGCCAUGAAGAAUAACCCGGUUCCCCUGAUCGUGCCGUGCCACCGGGUGCUGCGUAGUUCAGGGGACAGUGGCUCAUAUAUGGGAGGAAAGGGAGAUGAUAUUAAAGUUUGGUUGCUCACUCAUGAGAAAAAAGCAUCGGAGCUCAAUGCAUCAAAGAGUGAAAAAUCCAUCUGAUGGACC